UUCUUCUCUCUUUCUCUCUUUCUUCUCUCUUUCUUUCUCUCUUUUUUCCUCUCUUUCUUUUUCUCAGAUUAUAUUUUGAUGUAUUAUACUAUACGAUACUACACAAUAUUUUCUUAUAUCAUAAAGUAUCAUAAAUUUACAGCCAAUUUAUCUUUAAAAAUAUAUAUAAUAAUUAUGAUAACGACCCCACGGACUCGCCUCUACCUGCUAUCGAAUUAAUUUCACUCAAAAUUCAUGGUCCUUCUCUGCCUCCAGGGCCCUCCAGGCGAGAGUGUAGCUGGCCCACCCGGCCCACCCGGCCCACCCGGCCCACCUGGCCCACCCGGCCCACCUUCGUACAUGAACCCGAGCUUGAAUAUGCCCGAUUUCGGUUCCGGUGCCGGAGAGGACUUCAUUCCCGAGAUGGAAUUCAGCGGGAGUCGCCGAGGGCCGCCCACGCCGCCCGGACAGUGUGUGUGUAACGAGACAUCUCUCGUGGCUUCAAUCCUGGCACAGAUCCCCCGCGGCCCCCCCGGCGAGGACGGCAAAGGCGGGGCGGGACGGGAUGCCGGGGAUCCCUGGCACCUCCGGCCGCCCUGGGCCCCCCGGGGAGGGGCCCCCGGGGAAGCCAGGGCGAGAAGGGCGACCGGGGCGAGAGAGGCAACCCAGGACCCGAGGGCCUCCAGGGCGAGAAGGGCGAGUCGGGCACUGACGGCGCUCCGGGGAUGCCAGGCGAGAGAGGCCCCAGGGACCCCCGGGAAGCAGGCUGGGGCAACUCCAGAUAUGACGUGGACGGCGGCCUGGCGAUGGCACCGGCGGACCUGGCACUCCUGCACUCCCGGCGAGAAGGGGGCACCAGGGGCACCGGGCAUCCGUGGCACUCGAGGGUAUCCAGGUGCCAAGGGAGACAGGGGCGAAGCUGGACUGCGAGGGGACAAGGGGGACACGGGCGAACCGGGAAGGAGCGGCCCGGCAGGACCCAAAGGCGAACCUGGAUCUCCCGGGAUGAACGGCGCCCCCGGUCCCCCAGGUUUUAUUGGGGUUCCCGGAGAUAAGGGAGAUAAAGGUGAUCGAGGUGAAACAGGUGUCGGGUCACCAGGUCCCCCGGGAAGACCAGGUGGGCUCACGCUGGAGGACCACAAGGCGAUUGUCGAACAGGUACUCGAGACUCUGGAGACGAAGCACGGAGGCGUAGGAGUCACCAUAGGCUCUGGUAUCAACGUCUGGGACGCCCCUGGUAUGCCCUGGAACCCAGUCAGUGAUGACGAAGAUGUCUACCUAGAAGGAUCGGGAGGUCUCGAGUACAAACCUUUCUACCCGAACCAGUUGAAGGGCUUCGUGGUGGACCCCCGGACCCCCGGACUCCAGACCCCAAGGCAUCGAGGGCAUCCAGGGCCUGAUGGGACCCCCCGGGGACAUCGGACCCCCGGGGCAGCCUGGACUCGAUGGACUCCCGGGAACAAGGGACCCCAGGGCGAGAGAGAGACACCCGGACCGAAAGGCGACCGAGGCACUGCAGGUCCUGCAGGAGAGAAGGGAGACCGAGGCGCCCCUGGACUCCCCGGACCCUCAGGAGCUGUCACGACGCUCAUCCAGCCUGACGGGACCAAUGUGACUGUCGUGAAGGGUGAGAAGGGCGAUCGUGGUAGGCGGGGCAAGAGAGGUCGACCUGGUCCCCAAGGGCCUCCAGGGGCAGUAGGGGACCUGGGUCUUCCUGGAUGGCCGGGCGCCGCUGGACGAUCUGGCCCGCCCGGCCCGCCCGGACUGCCUGGUCUCGGCCAGAAGGGCGAGCGAGGUCAAGUGGGGCCACCGGGUCCCCCUGGCCCGCCCGGCCCCCCCUCGGGUGGCCUCCUGAACAGCAUCUUGGGCACGAGCAGCUCCGACGUCUCAGAGACCGUCACGAGAGGGACCGGCGGGCUUCCCGGUCCCUCAGGUCCCCCCGGUCCCCCUGGUCCCCCGGGGCCCCCAGGACUCCCGGCCAGACCCACGGCAGACACGGACGGCGGCCAGAUGUACGUGCCCGUGCCAGGACCCCCGGCCCGCCUGGACCCCCGGGACCCCCGGGGCUGCCUGGCUACACCGUGGAGGGCCCUGAAGGUCCGCGUGGUCCCCCUGGGCCCCCUGGACACACCGUGCCUGGCCCACCCGGAGCCUCUGGCCCAAGAGGACCUCCGGGUUAUGGCCAGAGAGGAGAAAGCUUGGGAGGCAUCGAGGGCCUGCGCAGGAUCACGGGAAACCUUGGUAACAGAGGUGGUGUACCGCAGGGACCCCAGGCCCACCCGGACCCCCGGACCCCCAGCCAGCGGGGACCCCUCCCCCUCCUCCUCCAUCGUGCCCGGCGCUGUCACCUUCCCCGACAAGGCUUCGUUGCUGAAGAUGAGCGAGAUGUCACCCGUGGGAACCCUGGCCUUUGUCAUAGACGAAGAGGCGCUCCUGGUCCGGGUGUCGGCUGGGUGGCAGUACGUGUCGAUGGGAUCCGUGAUUCCUUUACCCACGACCACCCCCGUGCCAGCCACCACCCCAGAACCCCCAGUGGCCCGCCCUCCUCCCCUCCAGGUGGACUCCCUCGUCAACACGGUGGACGGACCCAGGGUAAGGAGCCGCGCGGGAUGGCAGCGAGCGCGGGGCUGCCGUUCCGGUGUUUUGUGUGUGUGUUAUAUUGAUUUCGCUGAGACUUCAACCAGCAGAACGGACAGGGGACUACAGGGACUCCCAGGCACCUUCAGGGCCUUCCUCACCUCCAGGGUGCAGAAUCUGGACUCCAUUGUGCGGUACGCGGACAGGAACUUGCCGGUGGUCAACACGAAGGGCGAGGUUCUCUUCAACACGUGGCGUGAAAUAUUCUCCGGAACCGGUGGAAUAUUCUCCCAGAAGCCUCGUAUCUUCAGCUUCGACGGCAAGGAAAUUUUGACCAAUUCUGCCUGGCCGCAGAAGUACAUCUGGCACGGCUCCGACCUCCUCGGCGAGCGGUCCCUGUCCUCCUACUGCGACGCGUGGAACUCCGAGAGCCGCGACGUCGUGGGCCUCGCCUCCUCGCUCCUGAAGAACCGGCUCCUGUCGCAGGAUCGCCUCGGCUGCCACAACUCGUUCGCCGUCCUGUGCAUCGAAGCCACGAGCCAAGCGCGGUAUCGGAGGCGGCGUCACGUGACCUCGCCCGAAGCCGAAAUGAGCCUCGAGCAGUACGAGCAGUUCCUCCGGACGCUCGACAAGGGGAGGGACGACAACUGAGCGGGAGAGGAGGACACGGAAGGAUCUUAAUAUUUAAAAUAUUGAGUGCACGUUCGUUUUCUCUUUUAUUUUUAUUUUAUUUCAUUUUUUUUCGUGACACUUCGCUUGUUGAGGAAUGACGGUUUGAUAUUAGCACAAGAAGAGGGGGAAAAGUACAGUUUGAAAUUUCCCGGUGGAAGAUAAAGUGAAAGAAAACAAAACAAAAAAAAAAAAAAAAGAAAAGAAAAGAAAGAUGACGACAAAGCAGGAAACAAAGAGAGAGAGAGGAAAAAAAGGUUCAUUUAUACAUACAGAAAAAAAAACGAGAGAAAGAGAGAGAGAGAGAGAAUGCAGAAGAAAACUAGUAAAAAGGAAGAAAUGCAAGAAUUAAAAAAUGGUUCCUAUUUUUUGCACAUUUCUACUGUCUGAUUCAAGAAGAAAAACGUUAAUUUCCUCUUUUCCGCGCUCCAGGACAGGCAAUUUUGCUCAAAGGAGGAAAUCGAGGAUACGCCAUGUGUUCGACAGCCAUUAGUGUUCGAAUCCGUUAAAAUCUGAAACCAAUAGACUCGGAAAAAUAAAUCCUGAAUCUUGAAUUUCA